AUGCUCCUCUGGCUUGCUUGUUAGCAUGGGUUGAUCCCCAGAGGGCCACUGGUGGGAUAUAAGAGAGCAGGGAGUCUUGGUGUGCCGUGAGUCUGCUAACAAGAUAAGGACAGGACGCAAACUUAUUCCAGAAGGAGAAGACUCCAAUAAAAGGAAUUCAAAGACACUAACUUUGUUGGAUCAAAGAAUGACUAUGGCUACCACUCUACCGUACAACCUCUCUACAAUGAAUGCAUCAUUAGAGGACCUAAGAGCUGACCCUCUAUGUAGCAGCGUCUCACCUCCCAAACACCAAAACAAGCUCAUUCCUGCCAUCUACGGCAUCAUCGUUGUCCUGGGCUUCAUCGGCAAUGGACUUGUGGUGUUGGUGCUGAGCCAGAGAUCCAGUCAGAAGUCAGUGGCCAACACCUACAUGCUGAACCUGGCCCUGUCAGACCUGCUGUUCCUCACCAGCCUUCCUUUCUGGGCUGUCUACUACUCCAACGAUUAUGACUGGGUGUUUGGAAAGCUGAUGUGCAAGGUGUGCGGCUGGCUCCUCUCCCUCAACGUCUACGCCAGCAUCUUCUUCAUCACCUGCAUGAGCGCCGAUCGCUGCCUGGCCAUCGUGCACCCGCUCCGGUCGCAGAGCCGCCGAAACCUCCGCCAGGCUCAGGUGGUGAGCUGCGCCGUGUGGGCUGCAGCCACCCUCCCCACCAUCCCUGACGUGCUGUUCAGAGACGCCCAGUACCUGGGGGAGCUGAGCGUCACGGCUUGCGCCGUCCACUACCCGAGCACCGGCUGGUUCGUCAGCCUGGCCCUGAUGAAGAACAUCCUGGGCUUCCUGGUCCCCUUCGCCAUCAUCGCCACCUGCUACUGCACCAUUGGCCGCCACCUGCUGGGCGCCGCCCCCCUUGACGAGGGUUCCGCCUACCUGGACCGGGUCCUGAGGAUGGUGGUGGCAGUGGUGCUGGCCUUCUUCAUCUGCUGGUUCCCCUUCCACCUCCUCACCUUCCUCAAUGCCCUGAGUGCCCUGGAGGUGCUGACGGGCUGCUGGGCGAGGUGGGCGGUGAAUGCGCUGAUACCGUUCGCCCUCUGCCUGGGCUUCUGCAACAGCGCCAUCAACCCCUUCCUCUACUGCUUCGUGGGCAACCACUUCCGUGAGCAGCUGGCCCGGCUGGUCCAGGCUUGGGUGCCCAGACUGUCCCAGAAAACCGGCUCCAUCAGCUCCAGGCUGAGCUCCUUCUCCAGGAAGCUGAGCGACCUGAAGGACCUGGGCUCUCUGGAGACUGCGGGACAACACCGAAACGGGUUCAGGGCCGGGAUCAGGACCGACCUGGCGCAGGACAGCAGCGUGUCCUGCGUUUAACUUGGGAGCUCGAGAGAGAGAACUGACGAUGAGAAACAGAGACCGGCAGUGUCUGUCAAGCAUUGGCAGUCAGAUUCAAAGAGGCUAGCCUUCUUCAGGAAUCAUUAUGCGCCAUUUUUAACAAGUGCUGGCCUGACAAGAUCCAGCAGUGGAUGAACUUGUGUAUUGUAUUAUAAAUAUAACAAAGAGUAUGUUUGUAUCAUUUUAUAUAAAAUACAGUCUGAAAUUCUAUAUUAUAAAUACUGCCAAGUGGAUGGUUAAUUAAGCUAUAAUGUGGCAUUACCCUGACUGUGAUUGUACAAGUGAUUUUUUUGAUGGUGAUGGGAUAGCAGCUCUCUCUAUUUUGUCAUAGGAUGAACCAAACAUGAUGGACAAUUUUACAGCCAGUGAGAGUAUCUGUAUGCAUUUUUAUGUUAUGGUUUAGCUAACGUUGAAUGAAUAUGGUUAGUAUGUUUUUUUCAUGGGAUCAAAAUGACACAUACCAGUGUUAUAGAUCAGGGCAUUACUACCUCAGCAUAUUCCAAAUAAAUAUAUCACAUUUUAGAAACUAAACUACUUGUGUUCCUUCCUCAGAACCUCAUAUGCAGUGUAGUAAUUGUACUCCAGGGAGGAUUAGGUGCUGGAAAAUUUAAGGGGCACUGGCAGUGUAAUGCUUAUGCUGCAACCAGCAUUAGCCCUUACAGUACCACUAGUGUUAAGACAACUUUGCAUUUUCUUUUCAUAUAACUUCAUUUUUUAUCAGUCGCAAAACUAUGAUUCAUAUAUUGAAACUACUGACACUGUUUUUAAUGUUAAAAUAUCAAUGUUUAAAAUUAGAUGUAAAACUGUUCACUAUUAACUUAAACCUCAAAUACAACAUUUUCAGCAUUCAGAAUACUGAAUUUACUCAAUAUAUGGAAAGUACAUGUAUACCAGUGUGCACGGGGUUUAAAGAUUUGUAUCAUGGGGUAAAUUAAAUGGACAAUAAAGAUUUAUGAUUAUAAAACCAAGGCCUCAUUUCAAAACACGUUCCACAGUGUUCUAGCAGCGCACAGUAACAAUCUGCCAAAAGACAUUCUAGCUGUCAGACUAUUUGUAUGAUGUAUUUUCCUUUCUCUCUAAAGCACCUUAAUACGUUGCAUACUGUACAAUACAUACUGUGGCUUGACAAUGGA